CUGCAAAGAAUUGUCAGACGACGUGGCCGAUGAUGGAAUAUGGUGGGCAGUGCAAAUAGAGCGGUAAUAUUAUCUUGAGUUUUUUCGAUAUGUUAUACAGCGAGAUUCAAUAAAGCGAGUAUUGUUGUGAGUUGAAAUCUCCGGCUGCGUUUCAACGUCGUUUCGUUUCCCUCGCUGUCGCACGACGUUGCAAUAUGGGCCUGUGCAAGUGUCCGAAAAGAAGAGUAACGAAUCAAUUUUGUUUUGAACAUCGCGUCAAUGUAUGCGAACAUUGCAUGGUCACAAGUCACCCGAAGUGUGUAGUGCAAUCAUAUUUACUAUGGCUUCAUGAUCAUGACUAUAAUCCAGUCUGUACGUUAUGUUCGGACAAACUAAACGAUGGCGAUUGUGUAAGAUUGACAUGUUAUCACAUGUUUCACUGGAUAUGUUUGGAUCGAUAUGCCAGAGAUUUGCCAGCAACUACUGCACCAGCAGGAUAUGCUUGUCCUACAUGUAGAGUGUGUAUCUUUCCACAGGCGAAACUGGUAUCACCAGUGGCAGAUGUUUUGAGAGAAAAAUUAGCCACUGUUAAUUGGGCUCGUGCUGGUCUUGGUUUACCAUUGCUAAGCGAUGACAGAGAACAAAAACCGGAACAGGAACGUUCUCCAAUAGUUGUAGAAAAUUCCCUGUUUCAAAAUCAUACAGUGGCUGCACCAUCGUCACCCACGGUGGCUGUAUCUCGUACGAGUAGUACCAUAAACUCAAAUUCCAUUGUCAGCAAUGUACAUACCAGCAAUCAAAAGCUUGGCCCGCCUUAUUCGGUCGUAAAUAUUGAUUCAUCUCUAGGAUUAUCUGCUCCAGCAUCCAGGAAAGUUUGUGAAGCUUACGAUGAUCCAAAGGAUAUGUCCUUCGAUCAUGAUGAAAAUAAAUAUCAGCGAAAGUCAGCUAUAGAAUGGUUCCGAAGAUGGUGGAAAUUGAUUUCGAGAGCCCCAGUGCGACGAAAAACCACGGGAUAUCUAUACAAGAAAUAUGCAAUACUAACCAUCGUUGGCAUAUUAUUUUUCAUUGGAAUUAUCCUGCUCUUUUCGUGGCUGGGUAGAAUGGCGACGGAUGGUGAUCCAAGUUUUGAUAUAAUUGCAAAUCCUAAUCUGAAAUUUGGCGAGAAAUCUGUAAUGUAAUGUAUUUUGUAUCAUAAGUGACAACAAUCAGCAGUCGUGGGAAAUCGAUGAAUCUUUAAAAUGCAGAAGAUAUGGCAAUCAUGAAAUAUAUAAUUGAAGAUAUGCCAUUACAAUAUGCGAGAAUGCACAAUUUUGUGGGACAGUAGGACAUAUCUAUUAUAAGUUAGUGUACGUAACAUUUGUUAAUUUUAAUUUUUAUGUAAAUUAUACUUCACUUCGAAGUUGUACAUUUAAAUCUGUAAAGGCUUAUCAAUUUCUAUGAUAAAUGAUACUCUAUGAAACUAUUGUACCAAAA